AUGCUCUUACUUCUCCUUUUGCAGACCGUUCUUGGAGAAAAGGCUUUAGCUGGCCCUCUGCAUGGGCGUCAAGUCGAAGAUUUUGAGGAUUCAUCACCGCUACCAACAAUAAAGGACGAGAAACAUCGAAUACCGACAUGGGCCACCAGGACUUCGAGCGUCAAUUUAUCGCAGACGCUGUGGGGAUGUCUCUUCACGCUCGUCUGCGUCGCUUGGAUCACCGUUCGUCCCAACGUGCCUUCGCCUCAUGACUCGCAUUGGAAGAAGCUAUGGAGGCGUAUACGGCUGGCGUUGUGGGCGCUUGUUAUGCCGGAGAUGGUUCUCCUCUGGGCAGGGAGGCAGUGGUUUGGAGAAGAAGCCUUAUCCAUCCAAGGCGCGCAUUUCAUCCAAAUGGGCGGCUUCGCGCUCGUGCACCGCAGAAGGAACGGCCAAUCUUGGUUCUUCACAGUCACCGCCCCUUUGUUGAACCAAAUCUACCUUUUUGACGCAUUGCCGGAAGUUAUGGACGACCAUCACCCGCUGCGGCAUUUCGACAUUCCUCGAAUCGCGGCCGCUAUCCGAGCGCACCUCUCAUCUACGCGAUCUUACCACUCGCCGUUCACCGCUGAGCCGCUGGUAUUUGGAGUUGCGGCUCUCCAGGUGUUGUGGCUUGUGGUCACUCUUUGGGCUACGAUCAUAACGAGAGGUCUCUCGGAGCUGUUAUUGGUGGAGAUCAUCACGUUCGCGUAUCUGAUCAUGUUCGCUUCGAUGUGGUUCUUUUGGUGGGAUAAGCCUGUGGGCGUGAAUGAUCCUGUGAAGAUAUUCGCCCCGAGACAGACUGAAGAUAGGCGGGGUAUUGUGCCGAAAGAAGCGAAGGAGUAUGAAGAGGAACGACAUCCAAGUCCGUCGAGCUCAAGCAAGGGCAAAGAACCUAUCCGAGGGGACCUGGACUCGACGAACGCUGUCAUCUCCACGAGGGAAAAUGAUCAUGAUCAAGAAGGUGGAUCCUCUUCAACACCUGCAAUGCCCGAAUCUCCCGCCUACCCCAGCUCCCGAAGACCGGUAGAGGAACAAUUCCCGCCGUACCUCCUCGACGAAGACAAUACUGCCCUCCACAAACCCCACCGCUCGACUCGCGAAGACGACCGUGUCUCCAUAGAAUCAUGCGACCUCAGCUACGGCUGGUUCUGGUCCAAAUCCAUCAACAGUCCCCUCCUCCGACGUUUCAAUGCACCACGGUUGUUCCGUUCGAUACGUCGCAUGGCGGGGAACGACCACUGGGAAAGCUACAUGAUCUCCACGCGUAUGGAUUAUUGGGCUUUCUCCCGCGAACGAUGGGGCCCGGCACUCGUCCUGGGCCGGGAUAGAGUUCGUAUCCCGAAGGAGGGUGUGGAUAAUAGGGAGAGGUCGAAGGUGCCCACUUACUACGCGUAUACGGAGGAGCAGGCGUGGAAUUGGGGGGAUCAGAUGAAAGCGAUGUGGGUUGUUGGGGGGUUGUGUUUUGUUUUUGGUGCAGUGCAUUUGGUUGGGUGGAACUUUAAUUUGGUGCCGGAGAGGUUGAGCGAGGUCGUCUCGCUUGAGGGGGUACCCGAGUCUACGACGAAUCUCAUAAAUUCCCUCGCGCAUCACGGGCCAAUAUGGCGGGUCAUAUGGAGGGUAUCCUCGUUCCUCGUCAUGUUCCUUCCUCUGACCGCCGCCUUCGUGUCCAGCGGGGAACUCUUCAACGAAGCGUAUUGCUUCCUUGAGAUGAGUGUUUACCCGGUCACACUUCUGUAUGUCCCCGCCAAGAUUGCGUUGUUUGUUCUGGCUGUGCUGCAGUUGGAUGCGAGGUUUAGGUAUGUGAUGGAGGUUGUGCCUUUGGUGAAUGGGCAGUGCGGGGAGUUGGGUGCGAUCUUUGAAGGAGUUAAUGUAUUGGACGCGUGGUGGGCGAGGUUCCUUCCACAUUUCUCGUGA